CUCCCUGGGCAGUCAUUCCAAUGUUUAACAAUCCACUCUGUGAAGAAAUUCCUCCUCAAUAAGCUGGAGCGAAGGGAUGCCAUCUAGAGGGACCUUGACAGGCCUGAGAGGAGGAAACCAAGACGGAGGAUGCGCGUCCAUGGUCGUGGGAGAAGACACCGUUCCCGUCCCGGACCCGCUCAAGUUCCUCCCCGAGGGCGCCUUCCACACCCCGGCGGCACCUACGGCCGGGGCCCGGGGGCCACAGCGGGGCCGGGGCUCCUCGGCGAAAGCCGCGGCCCGAGGCCCCCGAGUAGAGGCGGCGGAGCGGCGCCCCAGCUGCCACCGAAGCAGAGGGCGGUGGAGGGGCCGCCACCCACCUGCCGGGAGACCCAAGCCAGGAGAGAAGGUGCGAACCCCUGGCGGAGGCGAGGCGGCGCCCACACCCCGCCCCGCAGGGAGACAGGCAGGCGCCCCCGGCGGCAGCGUGCGGCUGACCCGGCUCCCUCCCUGCCCCGAGCCCCGGGAAGGCGCCGCACGGCGAGGACGGCGGCCGGCGCUCACCUGUCUGCUUGUCCCGGAUACCGGCCGCCAUCUUCCCGCCCGCCGUCCCGGCCGCACCGCCCCGCCCCGCCCGCCGCCUGCGCAGCCGCCGGGACACGUGGCGGCCCCUGCGCGGGGGGCGGGCCCGGCCCGGCCGCGCCUCCGGCCCCGCCAGGUGCGCAGGGAGCGGCCGUGCGGGAACUGCUGCUUACGGUCCGGCGGGGGGGCCUGCGCUUUAGCCCGGCUGACAGCGGCAUUUUCCACCUUUCCCCACCCCCGAGCAAAAAGCCGCAGGAGCAGUGUUUGCUCUCGCACUGAAGUUUCAUGGAGGGAACUGGAACAGCUCGGAUGCAAGCAGCUGAGCUGCACUCGGAUUUGAGUACAUGAAAGGACUCAAGUUUCAAAACCAGCCAGCUAGCUAUAAAUAAAGUC